AUGACCGAGGAGACUGAGAGCUACGAUCCUGUUGGCUCCAUCUUAAUCCAGGUCCAAGAUGACCUUUAUCAAUUAAAGGAAAAAUUAACAGAAUUUUCACCUGAAGACAAAGGAGACACACUAGACAUUCAGAAUCUUGAAACAGCAAUCAAAAGGACUGAAUUAGGGUUAAAAGUCCACAUCGAGAAGUAUUUAAAUGUUGUAAACCAGCGUGUGUUAACGACUCCUGUUAAUGAUGAGAGCUUUUAUAUGCCUGGGGCUUCCAAAUGGUUACUUCCUACUGUAGUUGAUCAGAAAUCAUUUGUUUUCCCUCUGGAAUCUGAGGGUAAACUUUGGCAACCCCAACGACAGCAUGGGCCAUUUUCACGUGUCUUUCCAAGAGCAAAGCCAAAGAUAGGGUUGAAUGUAAAAAUCAUGCAGGAUCCUGAAAACAUCUUCCACAGAGCUGCUAUAAAUGAGAACUAUGGAAUCAGUUUGCCAUGUGUUACUCAGAGAAAAUCAUGUUAGGUCCUAUAGGCACUCAGAGGGAAGAAGAAAUCCCUGGUCUCGUUCACAUUUACUCACUGACAUCUAGUUCCAGUUAGACUUUAUAAUGCAACGUGUUAAAAGAUCUGAAGAAAAUUUGACUUUGAUUUAUUCUUUAAAAUAAAAAGAGUUUCUUAAAAGGCUUGCAACAUGUAUCUGUUAGCAUGAAUUUUAAAAGAACGAUUAUGAAUGCAUAACAAAAUAGCCAAACAAAACAUUGCUUUGAAUUGCUGCACAAAUAACUCUGAUUAUAACUGUUAUGACCUAGAAAAGAAUCAUAAAAACAUUUUUCUUUCUGGCAAGAUAUGAGUUGCUGUAGAAUUAUACCAGUUCUUUGGUCCCACUUUCCAAAUAAAUAAAUAUAUAAUGCAAUGUAAA